CAGACCAGUUAUAACUACCAGCACCUCACCCCGUGAUGCCAUUACAGCAACCGAUGAAUCUACCCUUGUUAGAAUCCUUCCUCCAGUGACCUACAUCCCAUACAUACAAGAACCAACCAACCAACCACAAUGGCAGCAUCCCUCGCCUCGCUAUUCUCCCUCAGCGGCAACACCGCCAUCGUGACCGGCGGCACGCGGGGAAUUGGACAGGCAAUGGCCUUGGCUCUUGCGGAGGCGGGCGCCGAUAUCAUACUGAUUCAGCGCGAGGAAUCUAACACCUCAACACGGGACACGAUCAUCAGCAGCACAGGCCAGAAAGCCUGGAUCCACGUGGCCGAGCUCUCGAACCGCGACUCCAUCAAGGGCAUCAUCCCCGCAGUGACCAGCCAAGGCCUGAAGCCAUCAAUCCUGCUCAACUGCGCGGGGAUCCAGCGGAGACAUCCGAGCGAGAAAUUCCCAGACGAAGACUGGGACGAGGUCCUCCAAAUCAACCUCACCUCCGUCUUCACCCUCUGCCGCGAAUUCGGCGCGUACCUGCUCUCACGCCCGGAAUCAGAAUUCCCCUCCUCCUCCCCCACGGGUGGUGGUGGUGGUGGUGGUGGUGUUCGACGCGGCUCCAUCAUCAACGUCGCUUCGCUGCUGACCUUCCAGGGUGGAAUCACGGUGCCCGCGUACGCGGCGUCCAAGGGCGGGGUGGCGCAGCUCACCAAGGCGCUUUCCAACGAGUGGGCUGCCAAGGGCAUCAAUGUCAACGCCAUCGCCCCCGGGUACAUCGCCACCGAUAUGAACACCGCGUUGAUCAACGAUGCGGAUCGCAAUGCGGGAAUCAUGGCCAGGAUCCCCGCCGGCAGGUGGGGGAAGCCGGAGGAUUUCAAGGGCGUGGUGGUGUUUUUGGCCGGUCCCGCUAGUGGGUAUGUUUCUGGGGAGGUGCUUUGUGUGGAUGGGGGGUGGAUGGGGAGGUGA